AUGGCUGCCACGCUAAAGAGCACCACGCACGUCAGCCUGCUUCUCAGUGGACCUGUGCCGCAGUGCAAAGCCAAAAAGAAAUGGGUCAGCUUGCCGCCCGCACGUACAAGCUCGGUCCACUCCGGUCCUCACCACUUGCCAGCUCCGAGCCGGAAGGCCCCGCAGGCAGACUGCGGCAUGAUCUCCAUCACCGAAUGGCAGAAGACUGGUGUGGGCACCACCGGCUUUGGCAUCUUCUUCAUCCUCUUUGGAAUACUCCUGUACUUUGAUUCCGUGCUCCUGGCCUUUGGAAACCUGCUGUUCCUGACUGGCCUGUCCCUCAUCAUCGGCCUGAGGAAGACAUUUUCCUUCUUCUUCCAGCGGCACAAGCUCAAGGGGACCAGCUUCUUCCUGGGGGGUGUGGUCAUUGUGCUUCUGCACCGGCCCCUCCUGGGUAUGCUCCUAGAAACCUAUGGAUUCUUUAGCCUCUUCAGGGGCUUUUUCCCUGUCGUCUUUGGCUUCCUGGGCAAUGCCUUCAACAUCCCCUUCCUAAGUGCGGUGAGUAGAUUGUGCCUAUGGCUGGUGGCGGUGGCCUGGGGGUUGUCAGCCUUCAGCUCCCCUCCGCAUCCCCGAACCUUCUCCACCUGGCGAGAGCAGACGAGGGGAGUUACAGGCAGCUGUGCCUAA